CGCGCAUUGAAAGUCGACAGAAAUGUUCAUGAGGGAUGUUGCUCAUCGUUUCAGGUCGUUGUCGAAAGUCCUGACCGAGCUUUGGCAAAACAGCUGAUUCUUGCGCUGUCGAAUCUCCUACCCAUUGGCUGUUUAAAGGUGCUGAUUUACAGCGAAACGUACGAGACAAAGUAUAAUUUGCUGGGAGGUCCUCUCGACAUGGACAUUCCCCUCGACGUGAGUGUGCUCGUGCUUCGCAUCCAGACCGAUGACGCGGAACAAGCCGCCAACGGUUCCUUAGAAUCGUGCCGAAUCCAAGUACGAAGGCGUCCACUGCCAAACCCUCGAAAUCCUCGCUUGUUGGAUCGAUAUAGGCAGCUCUUAUUAGAUAGCGAAGUACAUCAUACGGUAUUGGAUGCGACAAUACGUUCAACACGAGAGCAUUGGGUCUCUAAAGCAAAACUGGUUUAUCAGAUGUCCCGUCAAAAGGAAAUAACCCCAUCUAUGCAUGUUAGCAAUGACCGCGACGUGCUGACGUUCUGGCAGGAAGGUCUUUCAAAAGUAUAUAAGGAAUCUGUGAUCGCUACAAUUCAUCAACUUCCACAUUAA